UAUAUAAAAAUCCUCAUUGAUUUGACAGCAGCAGCGUGAGGGGAUUCCUAACCGUUAACUUUCGACUCUUAACCGUUUAUUCAAGUGUUAAUUUCUCCAUUCUCACUUUCUAACUUGUAACCGACAAACUAUAAAACGUCAUGGCUGCCUACAAAUUAGUGCUGAUCCGUCACGGAGAGAGCAACUGGAACCAGGAGAAUCGGUUCUGCGGAUGGUUCGACGCGGAUCUGAGCGAGACCGGGGAGAAGGAGGCGAAGAGAGGGGGACAGGCCCUGAAAGAUGCUGACUUUGAGUUUGAUAUUUGCUACACUUCCGUGCUGAAGCGGGCCAUCAGGACUCUGUGGCUGGUCCUGGACGGCAUUGACCAGAUGUGGGUGCCAGUGCAUCGGACCUGGCGGCUCAACGAACGCCACUAUGGAGGUUUGACGGGGCUUAACAAGGCAGAGACGGCGGCCAAGCACGGAGAGGCUCAGGUCAAGAUCUGGAGACGCUCGUUUGAUAUUCCUCCUCCCUCCAUGGACCCAGACCACGACUACUACACUAUCAUCAGCAAGGAUCGUCGCUAUGCAGACUUGACUGAGGAGCAGCUUCCAUCCUGUGAGAGCCUUAAAGACACCAUUGCACGGGCUCUGCCCUACUGGAACGACGAGAUCGCCCCUCAGAUUAAACAGGGGAAGCGGGUGCUCAUCGCUGCCCAUGGAAACAGCCUCAGGGGGAUUGUUAAGCACUUGGAGGGAAUGUCAGAUGAGGCCAUCAUGGAGUUGAACCUACCAACUGGCAUCCCCAUCCUCUACGAGCUGGACAAAAACCUGAAACCUGUGAAGCCGAUGCAGUUUCUGGGAGACGAGGAGACUGUACGUAAGGCCAUGGAGGCUGUCGCUGCUCAGGGGAAAGCCAAGAAGUAAAGCAACAGGUGGUUUAGUUUAAACCCGACAACUGGCCUCAGAUUUGUGAUUUUUUUUUAUUUUCUCAACCCAAAUUUAUUUUGAAUUCUUAUACAGAAUAAGAAGUAUUGUAGAUUGUUGCUGAAGUGAACCUCACUUUACUACUUGAAGUAGAUUAUGAGUGGUUAGGAUUUGGUAGAGCCUGGAAAGCAACAGUUCUCAAGAAAUUGUAAAUCAUUUCUUUGCUUAUUUUGACCAUUAAUAUUAUAACUUUUAACAAAGUAACAAAUUAAAAUAAUAGUAUUGGAGACAAAGAAGCUGUUUUAUGUGUGUAUGUAAAUAUACAGAAAACUUUAUUUCCCUCAGAUUCAUACAUCUACUACUGUAUGCAUGUGGACAACUCGGAGUGCAGAGGUAUAUUUUUAAAUAUGAUAAAUAGAAGAAUAAAAAUCUGUAAUGUGGUGAAAAAAAUGACUAGAAUAAAAAUACAGCAUAUAUAAUAGUAAAUGAACCAAAAGUGUGUAUGUGUGGUUGAAUGAAGCUGUUACAUUCCAGCGUGUCUAACAUGACACUUUAUUCAUUCUAAAAGAAAAUAAUUCAAAUAUUUGACUAAUAAUACCUUUACUGGUUAUAACAUGAAUCCCCUUUUAAGUGAUGCGGUUUCUUUUUUAGGGGGGAGAAUAUCAGCUGUGGCUAAACAGUUAAAAUGGCUGUUUUUUUUUGACUUCAGCUUAUAUUAUCAAUAUAAGGAUGUAUGUGUUUCAGAGUGUAAGGAAGUUAAAUGUUAUUUUUCAGAUGAAUAAGGGAUAUUGUGUAUUAGACUUUAAUUGAAUUUAGAUAUUGAAUUUGAAUGUUAAACAUACUUUUCAUAGGAUUAAAUUGAUGCAUUCCUUUAAUAAAGGGGUUGUAAUUUUGCAAUCUCUUGAGAGCAGCAUGUGUUGGUGAAGAACUACUGAUCAGUGCUUUUCUCCUAAUGUCUAUGACUGGUUUAGCUGCUGUGUCCUUGUAUGUUGUUGCCGUGUGUCUGUAGGACGUUCUUCCCUUUGUGUGUUUAACCGAGUCUGUCCAGUUUGAAACUGAUGAAAUGAUUUGGAUUAUUGUGCACCCUGCACAAGGGUCACAAUUUUCCGUGAAGAUUAAACCAAUGCCUCUGUCACUUUCUCUGAACUCCUUUUGCCUCUUAGUGUCAUUGUAUUCUUAGUCUGCAUCUGCCCUCAUUGUGACACAAUGGUGAUGGAGUUAGGAAUGAAUAUGUGGUUAUUCUUUAUUAUGUGUAACACUGUCUGUGUUGGUGAGUCAUGCCCAGAACGCUCUGAUGUGUUAAAUGUACAUUUAUGUGCAAAUAAAUCCAUUCUUAUGUG